AUGGAGGGCCUGAAAUCAACAAUGAAGAACAUGGAGAAGCAAAUAGGGCAAAUCGCCCAAUCCAUGUCCACAAUGGCCAAGGGUGGAUUUCCGAGCAAUACCGAAGUCAAUCCAAAGGAAAGCUGUCAAGCCAUAACCACCCGAAGUGGUUUGCAAAUGACUGAUCCUCCUUAUCCGACAGACGAAUCACCAAGGCCAGCUGUACAACCGACCCCGGUCGAGCCGGAAAUCACCAUUUCAGGAAGUAGUACAAAAGAGGCUAGUAAGCCCAAUAACAUUUCUUUUCCUGAUAAUCCCCCUCUUAUGGUAACUCGUAUUCCUUUUCCAGAAAGACAGAAGAAGAAGAAGUUCAAGGAUCAAUUGAAGAAGUUCAUUGAAAAGAUCAAGCAGAUUCGAAUCAACAUCCCUUUUGCAGAAGCCUUGGAGGUAAUGCCAAACUACACAAAGUUCAUGAAGGAAGUCCUAUCCAAGAAAAUUCGGAUCGAAGAAGACAUACCAGUGACACUCACGGCAACUUGCAGUGCCAUUCUUCAGUCGAAUCUACCACCGAAAAUGAAAGAUCCAGAGAGUUACACUAUUCCUUGUAUUAUUGGCAAUUCUACUUUCGAUAAAGCUUUAUGUGAUUUGGGGGCAACUAGCUGA